CUAGUCCUAGAAAGGCAAGCUUGCAACAACAUUUGCCGCUGAAUCCACAGCGGGGGUCACUGCACGCACAUUGAACUGCUUGUCUGGUGGAGUGACCGGAAAAACAAAUCACCGCUUAUCGCUCCAAGACUUUUCUUAUCGCUGAAAAAAAGUUCUCGAUUCAGUUGCUGCGAGACGAUCGGUUGUGCAGAAUAUCAACGGUACGCGCAAAACAAGAUGGAUUUCGCCGGCAGCAAGAAACGCAAGUUCAAGGACGCCAAUGGCGUCAAGGCUUCAAAGGAGAAGAAGUCUGUUACAGUUCUCGAAAAGAAAUCAAAGAAAGUCAAGCGCACCGAACCUGAGUCCCGCGAAGAGCCCGAAGACGAUUCUUCCAACGAGGCGGAGGAGGAGGCUCUGAAGGAGGACGGAGACGAGAGCGACGAGGCCGAUGAGGAUGCUGAAGACUCCAAGUCCGGAGACGAAAUUGAAGAGGAGGAUACCGAGGACAAGGCCGAGGACAACACAGAUCUGCCCGAUGGCGGAAAGCUCACAUUACCUCCAGUUGCUGGAGCUGAAUCGCAAUCCUUCGCAGAGCUGAAUCUUUCUGAGAAGACCAUGAAGGCCAUCAAUGAGAUGAAGUUCACCAAGAUGACUGAGAUCCAGAGGAGAGGUAUUCCUCCCUCGCUGGCUGGUCGCGAUGUUCUUGGUGCUGCCAAGACUGGUUCUGGAAAGACUCUAGCCUUCCUUAUUCCUGUCAUUGAGAUGUUGAGCUCUCUGCGAUUCAAGCCUCGCAAUGGUACUGGUGUCAUUGUUGUUUCCCCAACUCGCGAGCUGGCUCUCCAGAUCUUUGGUGUUGCCCGUGAACUCAUGGCUCACCACUCACAAACUUAUGGUAUUGUCAUUGGAGGCGCAAACCGUCGCGCUGAGGCCGACAAGCUCGCCAAGGGUGUUAACCUGCUUAUUGCCACCCCUGGUCGUCUGCUUGACCAUCUGCAAAACACACCUUUCGUUUUCAAGAACCUGAAGUCACUUGUUAUUGAUGAGGCGGAUCGAAUUCUUGAAAUUGGUUUCGAAGAUGAAAUGCGACAGAUUAUCAAGAUUCUCCCUAAGGAGGACCGACAGACAAUGCUUUUCUCUGCUACCCAAACAACCAAGGUUGAGGAUCUUGCCCGUAUCUCGCUGCGUCCUGGUCCUCUGUACAUCAAUGUCGACGAAGAGAAGCAAUACAGCACUGUGGAGGGCCUGGAGCAGGGUUAUGUUAUAUGCGAUGCCGAGAAGCGAUUUAAUCUUCUCUUCUCAUUCCUCAAGCGUAACCUCAAGAAGAAGAUCAUUGUCUUCUUCAGUAGUUGUGCUUGUGUGAAAUACCACGCCGAACUCCUCAACUAUAUCGAUAUUCCUGUUCUUGACCUUCACGGCAAACAGAAGCAGCAGAAGCGAACCAACACCUUUUUCGAGUUCUGUAAUGCCAAGCAGGGUACUCUGAUCUGCACUGACGUUGCCGCUCGUGGUCUCGAUAUUCCUUCUGUUGACUGGAUUGUCCAAUUCGACCCUCCAGAUGACCCCCGCGACUACAUUCACCGUGUCGGUCGAACUGCCCGAGGCAGUAACACCAAGGGACGGUCCCUUCUGAUCCUUCAGCCCAACGAGGUUGGCUUUUUGUCGCACCUCAAGGCCGCCCGUGUUCCCGUCGUAGAAUAUGAUUUCCCCAAGAUCAUCAACAUUCAGUCUCAACUUGAGAAGCUCAUCAGUUCAAACUACUACUUGAACAAGAGUGCCAAGGAUGGUUACCGCAGCUACCUUCACGCCUACGCCUCUCACUCGCUGCGCAGUGUUUUUGAUAUCAAUAAGCUGGAUCUGGCCAAGGUCGCCAAAAGCUUUGGCUUCACAGUACCACCACGUGUUGACAUCACCCUCGGUGCCAGCAUGAGCAGGGACAAGAAGCAUCAGGGACGCAGAGCAUACGGCAGUCAGCCACGACAGGGCCAGGGUAACAAGUUCACCAGGUAGAACGGUACGGGAAGUGAAAGAAGAAGUAGUGGUCAGUCAAAUUGACUGUCGGUGUAUAUGGGAGGCCUUCAGCACGGCGUUAGGUUUUGCAAAAUGUAAUGAUGGUACCAGGCUACGGCAGGAUCAUAGACAGACCUUUUUGUUUCCAGUCUUUUGCUAUGUGAAUCUUGAGACAUCAUCUUCUGAGGCGCAACAAAAGUUCUGACAUUAAACCAAGGUGUCAACAAUAUUUAGCCCAAGGUCUACUAAACCAGAUCUAAAUUAUGCUAGGUUUGCCAAAGACUUUUUGUCAAUUGGACGGAGGUCCCAGGUUAUGUCACCUCCCCUU